UCACAAACAAUGCCGUACGUGAGCACAUCUGGUAUUGCAAACAGUUUGUGUUUGUGUGUUGCAAUGAGACUUACAUUGUACAAUCCCACUGGGCCGUCCAUGUUGUGAACCUAAGUGCUCCCUGAAGACUGAAACACUCAGGAAAUCUGCUCAGGAAACGUUUGUCUAGAGACCAUGCUAUUGUCUGUAAUCUUUCUGUUUUUCCAACUCUGGGGUAAUGUGGAAGUUUCUUCAUCACAGAUUGCAUGCUUAACGCUCCCAGAUGUUCCUCAUGCCAUAAUUUCAGAAGACACGGAAAAAGCUGAGUACCAAGGAGGACAUUUGAUACAUUUCACUUGUGAACCCGGCUACACUACAUCAGGUCCACCUAUCAGAUAUGUUUGCACGAGCGAGGGCUGGCUGGCAGUCCAACAGGAAACGUGCAACCAGGUAACAUGUACUGAACCAGAGAUUGAAAAUGGUCGUGUGCUUGAAAAAUUUCCCGAGUACAAAGAAAAUGAAGUCCUGAACUUUCAAUGUAAUCCUCACCAUAAACGCACUGAAGGAAGACCUUCAACAUGCACCAAACGAGGAACAGGAUCAGAGUGGAGCCCCACACCUGCAUGUGAACCAAUAACAUGUAGACUGACACUGCCGCCACUGGAGGGAACCAGGUAUGAUCCAUCUUUCAGAAGUAGUUUUUCACCUGGUGACACAGUGAGAGUCAUUUGUGGAGAGAAGUACUGGGUUUCUACCCGUCAGGACACCACAGCAGUAAAUACAUGCCAAGAGAAUGGAGAAUGGACAUUCACACCAGUAUGCCAAGAGUUUACAUGCAGCGAUCGAAGACCGCAACAUGUGUCUUACUGGUAUGCCGGAUAUUUAAAUCAAAGGAAAUUGGAUAAGACUGUAAGUUAUUGGUGUGUGGAAGGCUACAAGAAGACAGCCAACUUGGCCACAUGCACCAGAGAUGAUUGGAAACCAAAUCCACUUUGUCAAGAAAUCGUAGGAACCUAA